AUGCAGACUGCUUUUACAAACAUGUGUGAAAGAAUGGGUCACUCUCAGGAGCUCAGUGAAUUCAAGCAUGGUACCGCGAUAGGUUGCCACCUGUGCAAUAAGUCCAUCCAUGAAAUUUCCUUGCUACUAAACAUUCAAUGGUCAACUGUUAGUGGUAUUAUAACAAAGUGGAAACAACUGGGAACAACAGCAACUCAGCCACGAUUGACAGGGCAGGGUCAGCGCAUGCUGAAGCACGCAGUGCGCCAACUUUCUGCAAAGUCAAUAGCUAAGGACCUCCAAACUUCAUGUGGUCUUCAGAGUAGCACAACAGCAGUGCAUGGAGAGCUUCUCGUAAUGGGUUUCCAUGGUUAA